UCUUGUCUCCUCUGAUGUGCAUCCUGAAACUCCUUGCUGGAGGAGACGCCAGGCCACCCCUGACAACAGAGCCGCCCCUAUCUGCCGUUAGCAGCGAGUCGGCAGCCGUUAAACAGCACAGCCCUUUGUUUUAGUUGUAGCUGACCCCUCAGCCUCUCAUUUAAUUACCCGUGUUGCGUGUCUUUCACCAUGGCGGCGAGCGCGAAACGAAAACAGGAGGAGAAACAUCUGAAGAUGCUGAGAGAAAUGACGAGUUUGUCUCCCAAUAGAAAGUGCUUUGACUGCGAUCAGCGCGGCCCAACCUAUGCCAACAUGACUGUGGGUUCUUUCGUGUGUACCUCCUGCUCUGGCAUCUUACGAGGACUGAACCCACCCCAUAGAGUUAAGUCUAUCUCCAUGACAACAUUCACGCAACAGGAAAUCGAGUUCCUACAGAAACAUGGCAAUGAGGUAUGUAAACAGAUCUGGCUCGGUCUUUAUGACGACAGAACCUCAUCAGUGCCAGACUUCAGAGAACCACAGAAAGUCAAGGAGUUCCUUCAAGAGAAAUAUGAGAAGAAGAGAUGGUAUGUGCCUCCUGAGCAAGCCAAGGUUGUGGCAUCGGUCCAUGCUUCCAUCUCUGGUUCUUCAAACAGCAGCACCAACAGCACCCCAGAGGUCAGACCGCUUAAAUCACUGCUGGGGGAUUCGGCCCCCAGUCUGCACCUGACUAAGAAUACCCCACCAAAUCAGUCUCCAGUAGUGAGCCGUGGGCAACACCAUCAACAGCAGUUCCAUGAAAAAAAGUUUGACCUCCUCAGUGACUUGGGUGGAGACAUCUUUGCAGCCCCGGCCAAUGUGAACUCAGCCCCCGGCUCCGGCUUUGCUAACUUUGCACAUUUCAACAGUCACACAACACCUGCAGCAGCACAGAAUGUCAGCGCAGGGGCAGGAUUUGCAAAUUUUGAUGCGUUUGGGAACACCCCGGCACCACAGGCGUCAUUUCAGCCACCAAAUACAGCGUUCGCUGUGCUCUCAUCCAGCCGCAGUGUGGGUGAGUUUACCGCUGCUCUGCCUCUCCAGAGUUCACACAGUAGCGCCUCAGGGGGACUAGCAAAUGCCAAUUUUGCAAAUUUUGACAACUUCCCCAAAUCGUGUAGUGCUGACUUUGGAUCCUUCAGUUCCUCCUCCCAGAGUAACUCCACGAGAGCUGACAAAGACGUUGUACAGAGUACUAACGUUCUCGUCGAUAGAUAUGCAGCCCUGGCUGACCUGGAUAACGUGUUUAGCUCUGCCAAAACAGAGGAAGGGGGUGGUAUUGCUGGAGGCGUGAGCUCUGCUGCUGCUGCUGCAGCCUCAGCAGGAGUUGCCGGUUUGCCUCAGAAGCAGUCAGCAGGCAUUGCUGCGGGCGACCGUUAUGCUGCUCUAGCGGAGCUCGAUACUGUCUUCAGCUCCUCAGCACCCGCCACCAGUGUUUACAACACCUCUAGCACUUCCCAAGGUAAUGUCUUUGGCUCAGAGACGGUUGCCUCAGCACAAGCACAGCAAGCGAUGCCCGGUAUGCCUCAGGGUUUUGGAGCAGCACCAUCAACCAACCCGUUUGUAGCUGCUGGUGUCGCCCCUGCAGCAGCUCCCACCAACCCAUUUCAAUGCAACGGCAGAGCGGCGAAUAUGGCAGCUGCAGCAGCGGGCUUGAUGAGUGCCCUUCAUUGGCAGGGUUUUACCCCCACCUUUGCAGCACCUUUUGGCACAGGCUCCAUGAGUAUGCCGUCAGGAUUUGGAAAUGCUGCCGCCUACAAUCUCCCUACCAGCUUCAGUGGAACAUUCCAGCAACCCUUUCCUGGCCAGCCCCCCUUCACCCAGCCUCCAGUGUUUCCUCAACAACCCAACGGUGGGGGAUUCCCAGUCUUUGGCCAGACGAAACCUGUUAUGACUCCUUUUGGACAGCCAGUGGCAGCCCCCAUGGUCCCUAACAACCCCUUUCUGGGCGGCGCUCCGCCCGCUCAGUACCCCGCAGGAGGCUCGUCAACCAACCCCUUCUUAUAGCGAUCCAUCUCGUCUGCUGCACAACAGGGUCGACAACCGGCGCGCUUGCACCUAUUGCACUGUUUUGUUUCACCAGUAGCUUUAAAAAAAACAUGUUUGUAAGAAUCUGUAUUUUCUAUCGCAGUUUGUCACAAAUUAAACAAUGUGCAAGACGGAGGCACUGACGGUGUCCGUGACUAGAAAAAGAAAGAGAGGGGGGAGAGGUUGACCCUCUGUCCUCUGCUGAACCUGUGAACUGGCCUGAGCCACAACGUAUAUAAUCAAACUGGCUGAAAAUUAAGUUAUUGCAUACAGUAUAUCAUUCAUCAUGCUGCAUUUCUGUACAUAUGUUCUUUUCUCCUCUAGGACGUUAGCUCUUUGUGCAUAUCAGUAUUUGUAUAACAUAAGAUUUGUCGAGACAGGGCUGUCGCUUGGGUACUGCCAGUUUCUGUAUUUGUAAAGAACUAAACUGUUUGUGCUGAUUCUUUUUUUGGGUAAAUUGUUCAUACUAAGGAAAAACUUCAGUGACUGAAAACUGAAAACAAGUGAAUGCUGCAUCCGAACGGCGAACUGGCCGUUCUGCCGUCUCCCUCCCUGCUGACAGAGACCCCGGCCCCAACAAUUUUUGAAUGACAGUGAACCUCAGACCCACGGGGGGGAAAAGCAGAAUGACUGAUGGACUGAAAAACCACUUUCAUGGGAUAUUAAAGAAUUUUAAGUUAAUGUGUAAAUAUAUACAGAAUAUAUAUUAAAAUGAAUUUUAAAUAAGA